ACAUCAGUCAACAUGGCAACCACCAAGAUACCAAUUCAGUCAACUGCUGGUGCUAUUACUCUUAAAAAUAAAAAAGGAGAGUUAACAACAGAAAAAGUGAAAGUCAAUCGAUAUGUUACUGGAAAAAGACCAGAAUAUGCUCCAGAUAGUAGCAGUGAAGAAGAAGAAGAACAGUUUGCAUUUGAACGUACCACAGCACCCAGUAAAGAAAUCGAGACUACUGAAGGUGAUAUAUCUGAUAGAAGAUUACGGAGAUUACAAGAGAGAGAACAAUAUGAAAGUGAUGAUGAUGACAGAGUUGCACGUCAUCGACGUGAAGUGGUUGAACCUGAAGUUGUUGAUCAGAUGUCAGAAGAUGAACGAGAGAGAAGAUAUCGUAAAGAUGAGGAAGAGUCUAGUGAAGAAGAAGAAGAAAUUGAUGAUGAAGAAUUUGAAAGAAGAAGAAAUUUAUUGAGACAAAGAGCUAAACAGAAACGUGAAGAUGAGGAAGUAAUGGAUGUAGAAGAAGAGAAAUCAGAUGGGGAAAGUGAAGAAGAAUCAUCUGAAUAUGAAGAAUACACAGAUUCAGAAGAGGAGGUUGGACCAAGACUCAAACCAGUGUUUGUCAGAAAGCGUGACAGAAUCACAAUUCAAGAAAAAGAAAGGGAAGAAAUAAAACAACGAGAAUUAGAAGUUGAAAAUAAGAAAUUAGCAGAAGACAGACGCAGACAGACAUUAAAGAUGGUAGAAAAUGAGGCUAAGAAAGAAUUUGAAGCACUCAAAGCUACACAAGAUGCCUGCGAUGCCAUGAAUUCAGAGGGUGAAAAUGAUGAAGAAGAAUAUGAAGCCUGGAAAGUACGAGAAUUUAAAAGAUUAAAGCGUAACCGUGACGAAAGAGAAGCGUAUGAGAAAGAGAAACUGGAAGUAGAAAGAAUAAGAAAUAUGACUGAAGAAGAAAGGUUAGCAGAAAGAAGAGCUAAUCCCAAGAUGGUAGUUAAUAAGGGCGCAAAAGGCAAAUACAAGUUUUUACAGAAAUAUUAUCACAGAGGUGCUUUCUAUAUGGAUGAGGACAAGGAUGUCUUAAAAAGAGAUUAUUCAGCACCAACAUUAGAAGAUCAUUUUGAUAAAACAAUCCUUCCAAAAGUCAUGCAGGUCAAGAACUUUGGUCGUUCAGGAAGAACAAAAUAUACCCAUUUACUAGAUCAAGAUACUUCUCAAUUUGACUCACCAUGGAUGGCUGAUACGGUACAAAAUAUGAAAUUUCAUUCCAGUAAAGGGGGUGGUAUGAAACAAAAUUUUGAUAGACCAUCAAAUAGGAAAAAAUAA